AAAUAAUGCGCGAGAAGUAAUUUACUGGCAGAAAGUUUGGUACCCAAUGGUCUUGAGCUCAAGAAGUUGAUGAAAGAUGGCUGAAGCUGUAGAUGAUUUGUUAGGCCUCCCUCUUGAUGACCUGCCUAAACCCUUGCCUAGAGCACUGCCUAAACCACUACCUUUAGGCCCAGUGCCAAUGUUCGGCAGGGCCGUUCUGCCUAACAUUUCCAAAAACAAGGGGAAUAUAUCUGCCCCUUCUUCGUUUAAAACUGCUUUGCCUAGCAUUCCUAAAAACAAGGGUAUAAAAUCUGCUUCCACUACGCCACUGAAUGUAGCUAUGCCUGCCGUACAUAAGGACGUCUCAAGUGAUGAGGGUAUCAUGCCACCUGUGCCAGAUGUUAUGCUGUGCAAAGAAUCUAUUGGUGAACUUGGACUUGCGGAAUCUAAGAAGAGCCUCUGUCACAUACCUGAAAGUGAAGAAAGAGGGAAGGCUGAUUAUAAUGACUUUGGUGACUUUGACUUGUCAUUGGAAUCACCAUCUGCCAAAGAUGCAUCACUCAUUGUGAAAGAUGGAACCAGAGUUGAGAAGACAGCUACUGUCACUUGCUUACCACAGCAAAACAAAUUGGACCCAAUAUUAAUCUCACCAUUGAAGGAACCACCUCCUCCAACCAAUACAAUCAAAGAAAAGGAACCUUCAGAAAAGGAGGAAGAGCAGAAAUCUCUCCUAGCAAAUGAGGAAAUAUUUUUGCUGAAGCGGAAAGUUCAAGACCUGGAGACUGAUCAAACCCAGAUGGACUUGUAUAUUAAGAAGAUAAAUGUUGAACUGGGCGACAUGGAAGACGAACUUGGUGUACUGUCAAACGAAAAGGAGGAGCUCUCCAAGAAAGCUGAUAACUAUGCUCAGAUCAUCAAAGAGAAGAACACCACUAUCAAAGAGAAAGAUGGCAACAUCUUGUCAUUGAAGGAUGAACUUAAGCAACAACUGGGAGACAUUGAGCAUCUCAAACAAGAGAACGUUGGCUUGCUCAAUGAGGUUGCCUCCUUGGUGUCUGCUCUAUCUGAGCAGAAGACUGCAACUGAGGAACUAAAACAUGAGAAAACCAACCUUAAGAAGCUUUACAAUGAGUCCGAAGCUACCAACACACAGCAAAAGAUUGCUAUAGAUAACAUUCAGACAAUGAUGUAUGGAUACAUUGAUGAGAAAACUGAGUUGAAGAAACAACUUGAAGAGCUUAAACUCAGGGAGAAGGAAAGCCAGGCUGCUGGAACCAUUCCUGACAAGGAUGUUGCCAAAAUGGAACAGCAAAUCCAAGAAUUGGAAGCUGAGAAAAAAUGCUUCAAAGAGCGUCUUGAUAAUAAAGACAGAAUGGCUGCAAACCUUGAGAAAGAAAAGCAAAGCCAAGUAACCAAGAUGAAGAACAAGAUCCAAGAGCUAGAGGCAAAGAACAAGAGCUUCCAAGUACUCUUAGACACUAAAGAGGAGUUAGCUGAAGUGCAGAAAGAGGAUAGAAAGAGGCAAGUAGCAGAAAUGGAGAAGAAAAUCAGUGACUUAGAAGCAAAGAACACCUCAUUCCAAGACCUUCUGGAUGCCAAGGAGAAUUUGGCUGCAGAGUUAAAUGAGAAGGAAAGGUAUGUUGGUGAAAUGGAGACAAAGUUAGAAGCAGAAAUUGCUAGCUGCAAACAACUCCUGAACACCAAGGAUAGCAUGAUUUCUGAUCUUCAGAAUCAAAAGGAUAGAAAAUGCCAAGCCUUGAACAGUACCAUUGAUGAUCUUCAGGAGGAGAAUGUCACCCUCAAGAUAUCUGAGGCAGAUUGGCAGAAAAAAUGCCAACAUCUUGAAUCCCUUUUGAAAACGGAGAAGAAUGCAAGUGAUGUCAAUGGGGCAUACAAUGUCAAAAAAAUUCAGGACUUGGAAUGCAAAGUAAUGGAGUUGAGUAGAGAAAACCAUGCCCUCUUAGAUGAAAAAUUAAAAUCUGGUGUCAGCAUGGACAAGGCAAAGCCUAGCAUGGAAUCACACAUGAUCACUGACACUAAUCUUCAUUCUGAUGUGCAACCUCCUGUGGAACUUGGGCAGGGAGCUCUUAAGAGAGUUAAGAAUGGAAAUGGCUCAGCUCAGAAGCUGGAAGAGACUAUGAAGAUGAUGUUCUUGAAACAAACCAAUCAACUCACCUCCUUACAACAUCAACUACUAGAGACUAAGAAAGAGGUUAAAGAUGUCAAGGAACAUCUUCACGAGGGAGAAGGAGCUAGAAAGGUUGUAGGUGGCAAGAAGAGCCAACAGCUUGCUCAUCCAGAACUGACUGCAAAGGUUGUCUUUCUUGAGCUGGAGAAUGGCAGAUUGAUCAGUAAGAUUGCUGAUCUACAACAGGCUGAUACCAAAUCCACUGUCCACAGAUUGGAGCAGAAAAACAAGUUCAGUAGAGAAAUGGACAGACUAACAGAACAAAACCAGAAGUUUUGUAAGGAAAUAGACGAACUAACAGAAAAGAACAAACAGCUCUGUAUGGAAAAGGAUCAGAUAAUGGAACAGAACAACAAGUUCCGUAAAGAUGCAGAGGAAAACUCUGCUGUUCUCUUGGAUUUUGAAAACACUAUUGAAAAAAUAAAGAACCAACACCAGAAGGAGAAAAACUUUAUCAAAGAAGUCAACCAAGAGUAUAAGGUGAGAAUGCAGAAAAUGAUGGUAGCUUUAAAGGACGAUCUUCACCAGAUAAAGACGGACAUUGCGGCAGGUAAGAUCACUGUCAGGCACAUUACUGAACUGGAGACUGAUUUGAUAAUGUCCGAUAAAACCAUCAAAACGCUGAAAACAGACCUUUCGCUGAAGAACUGCACAUACAGCCAGCUGCGUGGGGAGGAAGCCACAGCAGGUGUUGUCAGCUGGCGUCAAAGGAAUAUGGCCCUCACAAGAGAUUUGCUCACUGCUAGAAAAGAGCUUGAACAACUAAGAAAAGAGAAACAAGACUUACAAGAGGAGCUACACAAGGUUGACAACAAGAGGAUGACAAUAAAAAAGAACAUGGAUCUGGUAAAUGAAACCAGGUUAAAGAGGUUAGAGAAUUCUUUAAAGAUCAAACAACUUAAGAAGGAUCUAAAUGGUACAAGAAGACAGAUGAGAACUUCUCUAUCAAAACUAGGAUGUAAUAACCAAGAUGCCAUGAAAACAGAACAGAAUUUUACAAAUGACAUUAAGAUCAAAUUAGGUGCAUACAAGAUGGAUGUAAAAACCUUACAAGGACAGUUAAACCAACAAAAUGAGAUUGCAAACAAGAAAGGAGUAAUCUUUACGAAGGAUCCCAGCCAGGGGGCUGAUGACCAAUCAGAAAACCAAAUCCAGCACACAGAUGACGAGAGUACAGACGACACCAAUGAGUCACUGUGA